AUGAAGGAGCAGGCCCAGGUCUUCUCCAAGGACAUCCGGCAAGUCGACCUGGACGUGAACCGCACCUUCCGGAACCACAUCAUGUUCCGGGACCGCUAUGGCAUCGGCUGGUGGCCUGGGAUGAGUGACAUGGUGGCAAUCCUCCUGAUGUUCCUGUGUGAGGAAGAUGCCUUCUGGGCCCUGGCACAGCUGAUGACCUUGGAGACCCAUGCCAUGCACGGGUUCUUUGCUCCGGGAUUCCCAAAGCUGGCCCGUUUCCAGCGGCAUCAUGACGACAUCAUGGAGAAGGAGCUCAAAGGCCUGAAGAAACACCUGGAUGAGCAAGGGAUGAGCGCAGGGGUGUACACCACCAAGUGGUUUCUCCAAUGUUUCAUCGGCCGGGUAAGGCUCCCCCGGCAGACCCGGUCCCUGACCUGCACCCGGCCCUGGGCCCAGGGGAAGCCCGAGCUCAGCCUCACGCUCCAGACCAGCCAGGCCCGACCCCGAGGCCCUGACUUGAGGCUCACGGAAGGCCACGUCAGCCUGGGGGCAGACAGGCCCUCGGCCCAUUCUGCGACCAGCCUGGAGUCCUGUCGGGUCAUGUGGGCACCAAGGCAGGAGGGCACCCACCGGACGGGCUGCAGAGCCCCGUCCGACGCAGCCGGGGGGGCGGCAGGGCCUGGGCAGAGGGGAGGCCUUCGCACAGGCAGAGAGCCCCUGGGCCUCCCUGAGGCGGCUCCUCCCACACCCGCUCCCCCACAGACCCCCUUCGCGCUCACCCUGAAGCUGUGGGACGCCUACAUGCUGGACGGAGAGCGCGUCCUCACAGCUAUGGCCUACACCGUCCUCAGGCUGUACCGCAAACACCUCCUGAAGCUGCCCCUGGAAGGGCUGCAGGGCUUCCUUCAAGACACCCUGGCCCAGCCCUGGGCCCUGGAGGAUGAGGCCGUCCUCAAACACCUUCAGGCCUCCAUGGCCCAUCUCCGAUGGAGGAAGUGCGACCUGCCCCCGCCAGCCGGCCCUGAGGAGUUCCCCAAGAUGCCCCUGGGCCAGGACCAGGUGUCCCCAGCACCAACGGCCCUCCUCCCUUCUCCUACCCUGGAGAUGUUCUCCGGAGCGGACGGGCUGGCCUCCCCAGGCCCAGCCGCACACGCUGAGCAGCCGGGACCCCUUCCCUGCCAGGCCGUGCUCAAGGCCCAGCAGCCGCUGCGGGAGGGAAGGUCGACGCGGCCCUUGGCUGCACCCCUACGGCCGGAAGCCCCUGGGACCCUGGUUCUGUCGCGGCUGCCCCCACAGCGAUGCAGUUCCCUCCCCAACCUCCCAGGACACCAGGGGGGUGCAUGCAGGGGGCCCGAGGACAUGGCCUUGAGGCCACAACCGUGGGUCCCUUUCCCUUCAGCCCCUGCCGGGGCCACCCCUGUGGCCACACCCCAGACCUGGCCCCAAAACAUCUCAGGGUCUCCUGGGACAAGGUCCCCCCAGCCCAGGAAGGAGGAGGCUGUAGGGUCCAGGACACCCUUCCUGACCUGGGGCCUCUGCAGCUCCUGGCCCUGUGUGGGCUUGGACCGGCCCAGCCGAGACACCAGCGGGCCAGCUCUGAGCCCGCAGCACCAGGGCCCCGCACCUGCCCGGGCCCCGCUGACCGGCUCCUCGACGGGGAACGUCGAUUCCCCUAGGCCUCUGGAGAAGAACGUGGGGGCCAAGAGGCUCUGGGCAGCCAGCACGGUGCCCUGCCUUCUCACUCUGGACUUUGUAGAAGAUGGCACCCCCACCAGGAGGUACAAGUCACUGACCUAG